AUGGUUUAUGGGAAGGGUUGUCAUUUGCCAAUGGAGUUGGCGCAUCGGGCUUAUUGGGCGAUUACUACGGUUAAUGCGGAUUACAACGAAGCGGGGAAGAUGAGGAAGCUACAAUUGUGUGAAAUUGAAGAGCUUAGAGAUGAGGCUUAUGAAUGUGCAUCGGCUUAUAAAGAUAAGCUCAAGAAAGUACAUGAUGCGAAGUUGAGGAAGAAAACCUUUGAAGUGGGUCAAAAGGUUUGGUUAUAUAAUUCAAGACUUAAAAUGUUCGCGGGUAAGAUUAAAAGCAAAUGGAUGGGCCCAUAUGUCGUUCGGCGGGUUGGAAGGUUUGGUGAUGUAGACAUCCAAGACGAGCAAACGUUAAAACAACAAACGGUGAACGGUCACCGGUUGAAACCGUACUUGGAGGGGAACAACAUAAACAAUUUGGAGCGUGACAAAGUGGGCUACAUCUUACGCCUGGUCAAUGAGGAACAACAAUGA